GCGUGUAAUUAAUAUAAAAAUAUAUCAGAGAUAUUCUUUUGUUUUUUCAUACCAAGGCUUCAAGAUUCGGUGUGUAGUUUACACUAACAGAGCGUCUCAGUUCCCACGCGCCACAGUUUAAAUACUCAAGAACCACGUGUGGCAAGUGGCCGCCCUAAAACAGUGUCUGACUCUUAGGCGCUCAAUUAUGGUCCUUGAUUGUUUGGAUGGAUGCAGACCAAAGCGGCGUGAAAGCCGGCUUUGGGAGGAAGAAGCGGGGAGACGCUGGGUGGCCCUCUCUGAAAUUCACCUGCUAAGUGGGAGAGCUCUUUGUGAUGGGGGAGGAGGCUCCCACCCUAGGGGAGAGGCAGGAUCCCUUUUUCAAGGCUCCCAGCAUCCAGCAGCAGAGCCUGUGUCUUUUCUCAAGGCCGCAGGCCUGGACUCUGGCCUCAGGAGGCUUUCUGGAGGGGAAGGCAGGAGGCAGACACCUGGGUUCGGGGACCCGAGGGCAGAUGGACAGAGUGACUGACAUGGCAACUUCGUGGGCACCAGCAGAGGGCGUGCGGCCACCGCUCCUGUGGGCGAGGACUGAGCCAGCUUUGGGAGGCUCCUGAAGGAAAAGGAAGGACACACCCAGGAGAGAUGGAGACAAGACAGAGGAAGGCUGGGGGGCGGGGGGGAAAGAAGCGGAGACUGUGGGGCAAGGAGGCAGAGGCUUGGGGAACGGAGAGUCGCCGAGAUAUGGAAAAAGAACCCAGAGAUGGAGAAAUGGGGAGGACGAUAACAGAGAGGCAAGGCUCCAGAAGGAGAGGGGUGGGGAGGAAGAUGGAGAGGAGGAGGCAGAGGGAAAACCAGAGAAGGGCGGAGACAGAGACAGAGAGAUAGAGACACUGAGGACAGAAAUGAAGGAAAGAGAACAGGAGAAGCAGUGACAUGUUCCUGGGGGGUCCCAGAAAGGGACCGUGGACCUGUGCGGAUCCCCUGAGCCAGACGGUCCGAGGCUGAGUCUGGCUCCGCUCUCCCUGGCUGAGCAGCCCUGGGGAGUGAGUUCGUGAGGCCUGUGAGCUCGCUGGGCUCCUGGUCCUCCUCCGUAACCUGGGGAGCACAGCGAGAGGAGACAAAGCCCCAGCAGGGGCCCUGGUGUCCCCUAACUGUGGGUCCCCUCCCCCCUUCCCUAGGGGCAUGGGUUCAAACGUUCAAACCUGAAGGGGCUGAAUUUUAGCUCUCUACAAAGAACCCCGGAGAGUAAAGGGAAUUAAGAGCGCUCAUGGACUCCUGCCUGCCUCAGUCGGCAGAGCGACUCUUGAUCUCAGGAUCGUGAGUUCAAGUCCCACAUUGGGCACGGAGUCCAUACUUAAAAAAAAAAAAAAAAAAAGCAUUCAUGUGUUGAACAGGUGACCCGGGGCAAGUUCCUAACUUCUCCAUGACUGAAUGAAUAUUCUCAUCUGUAAUGUGGGGCUAAUAGCAGCCACCAUGGUCCAUAGAAAACCCCCAGAAGAGGAAGGGCAUCUACUAACUGCUAGAUAAAUGUUCAGCUCUGUGAUUGAGCCUCCACCACAUGCCAGGCCUUGGGCCCAGGGCCUUUCUAGAUUUUAUCUCACCUCUCCUCUAGGAGGGAGGGAACACCCCCAUUUUCCAGAGGAAGAAACUGAGGCUCAGAGAGUCUAUGCUCCUUGCUCGGGUUGCCCCUUGGGUCUGUCAGACCCAGCAGCCUGUGCUGGGCAUGCUGCUAUACCCAGGUGUUCAAGGGCAGGGCGGGGAGCCUGGAAAGUCACUUACAGUCCCAGAGACAUGGAAUCCGGUAACGCCAAGGGUGGAGGAUCUCCUCCUGUAUCUUGGAGCAUCUAUUGAGUGCUUACUAUGUGCAGGCACUGUGGAUACAGCAGUGGACAAACAGACCUGGGGACAUGCACGUUGUAUGUGUUUGUUGGGAGGGCUGUUCCCACACACAAACAUAACAUUCCCAGCCCUGGGGCUGGGGGAAUCACUACCUGCCCAUUUUACUGGUGGGAAAACUGAGACUCUGAAAGGAGAAUCGACUUGCCCACUGUUGUAUGGCUGGGCUCUGAGCUCCUAACUGCUCCCCCACCACCUGCCCUACCUAGAUCACCCACCCCCUCUCAUCUUGGGCCCCUGGCUGUGGGCGCCAAUGACGCCAGCCUCGCCUGGGGGUUCAGGUAGGAGAGAGACCCGGCCCCCCAGGCGUGCCGGGAGACCGGAGAUACAGCCGGCAGAAUCGAUCCAGGCUGCCCGCGCCUUAUUGGAUUGUUCCUGGCUCCGGGGGCCCCCCUUCACCCUCGGCUCCUCCCAGAAUCCUCUCUUCUUUGCCCUCCUCCGCCCCAGCCCCCUCUGAGCAGAGCAUGAGCGUGUACCUCUGGGACCAGCUGGAGGAGGGCAGUGUGGGGACGCUGCUGAGCUUGGAGGAGCAAAUACUCAACUCUACGUUCGAAGCUUGUGACACCCAAAGGACAGGCAUUGUGGCUGUGACCCAUGUACUAGCCUACCUGGAGGCUGUGACGGGACAGGACCCCCAGGAUGCACGCCUCCAAACACUGGCCUGCAACCUGGACCCCAAUGGGGAGGGCCCUCAGGCCACUGUGGACUUGGACACCUUCCUGGCCGUCAUGCGGGACUGGAUCGCUGCCUGUCAGUUGGAUGGGGGAUUAGAGUUGGAAGAGGAGACAGCCUUCGAGGGGGCCCUGACCUCCCAGCAACUGCCAUCUGGAUGCCCAGAAGCCGAGGAGCCAGCCAACCUGGAGAGCUUCGGAGGCGAAGACCCCAGACCUGAGCUGCCCACCACCGCUGACCUGCUGAGCAGCCUGGAGGACCUGGAGCUCAGCAACCGCAGGUUGGCUGGGGAGAACGCCAAGCUCCAGCGCAGCGUGGAGACGGCCGAGGAGGGGUCCGCGCACCUGGGGGAGGAGAUCUCGGCCCUGCGCAAGCAGCUUCGCAGUACCCAGCAGGCUCUGCAGUGUGCCAAGGCUGUGGAUGAGGAGCUGGAGGACCUGAAGACUCUGGCCAAGAACCUGGAGGAACAGAAUCGCAGCCUCCUGGCCCAGGCCCGGCAGACGGAGAAGGAGCAGCAGCAUCUGGUGGCCGAGAUGGAGACUCUGCAGGAGGAGACGAGCACCCAGUGGCGCACAGAGAAAUCACACCUGAGGUCUCGUAGGGUGGGUGGAGGGACUCGGUGGGCCCAGAACGGGAAGCUGCUGGCUGAGCGGAAUGGAGUCAAAAGGAGGAGUGAGGAGCUGGCCACGGAGAAGGAGGCUUUGAAGCGGCAGCUCUAUGAGUGUGAAUGCCUCAUUUGCCAACGAGAUGACGUCCUCUCGGAGCGCACUCGCCACGUGGAGAGUCUGGCCAAGACGUUGGAGGAGUACAGAAUGACGACCCAGGAACUGAGGCUGGAAAUCUCACACCUGGAGGAACAGCUGAGUCAGACCCAUGAGGGGCCGGAUGAGCUACCGGAAGGGGCCCAGGUGAGAAGAGUGGGCUGGACCAGGCUGCUGCCCCCAUCACUGGGCAUGGAGAUCGAGGCCAUUCAGCAGAAACAGCUUCUCCUCUGCCAGAAACAAGAAGUGGCAGCUGCCGCUCUCGCCAGCCCUCUGUGUGGCGUGUGGCAGUGGGAGGAGGUCAUCAUUGAGACGGAUGAGGAAGUGGAAUUUCCGCCUGAAGCCCCAACUGGGGCACAGAGAAACUUGCAGGGAGAACCAGUGCACCCUCAGGGAGGAAGGAAGGAGCGAUCGAUGUGGUUGCCCAGAAGAGAGGAAGAGGAGGAAGCAGAGCCCCAGAUCACGGCCAAUUUCCCCAGCCUUCUGGGGGACCCUCACCCUGAAGAUGUUCCAGGAAGCCCUCCUGAGAGCAGCCCUGCCGAGCCCAAGCCGCGGCAAGCCCUGGUGCCUGUGCAGAAAGAACUGGUCCCAGUCGGGAGGCCAGUGCCCCCGCUGCAGCCCCAGCUGCUCAGGUGCACCCCGAAGCGGCUCCAGAAGGAGGGUGGCCAUCACACGUUGGGGCAUUGCCCCCUGUUGAGACAGCACCAGCCACCCCCCACCCCGGGGCCCUCCGGAAGGACCGGACUGCCUCCCACCAGGGUCGCUCGGCCCCCGCUGACCCCGGCACCCCUCCUGGGCCUGCUGCUGCUCCUGCUGUUCUCCCUCCUGCUGCUGGGCCGGUCCCCGCCCCCCACCUGGCCCCACCUCCAGCUCUGCUACCUCCAGCCGCCCCCUGUGUGAGCCGCUCAGAGCAAGUCUAGUCAGAGAAUUCCCCGGGAAUCCCACUGUUGUUACCGCUGUUGUGCCACCUUGAGCUGAGAGGAACCCGGUGUGGGGACCCCAGAUACAGUGCUCCAGGAUCCACACCCCUGUAUUGGGUUUUUCUGUUAAGUCUUUCGGUUCUUUUUUUAACAUGGGUGACUACAUUUCUGAGCAAUAGCAAAACACACCCAAUAAUGGAUUAAACACUAAGGGUUUAUUUUCCUCCUAAACCAAGUCUGGAGGAGGACAGCUGUGGGCCCACAGCUCGAGGCUCCGCAGCCUGGGGUAAGAGGGAGCUAUGAUUCUCUAUGAGAUCCUCUCGGCCCUUCCCUCUGGCUCCGGAGAUGACACGCAUAGCUUCAUACGUCGCGUCGCGUCUGUAGGAAGAAGGGGACGCAUCCCUUCCUUUCUUUAUAAAGAAAAGCCGUGGCCUUCCCAGAGCCAGCAGCAGACCUGUGUUUAUGUCUCAUUGGCCAGAAGUGUUUGUUGCACCACUCCUAGCUGCAAGAGAGGCCGGGAGACUGAGCACCUCUCCCCUCUCCUGGCAGAAAGAGGGAGAGGGACACGUGGGCCGGGCACACAUCACAGGUGUCCCCUGCAGUACAAACAGCCCGCAGGAAAUGGACCACUGUGCCGUUUGCUCACUCAUUGCUUACUCUCAUCCUCGUGUCACAGUUAGACCUUAGAAGAUAAAGCUGUAGGGGCACCUGGGUGGCUCAGUCUGUUAAGUGCCUUUGGCUCAGGUCAUGAUCUCGAGGUCUCCCCACUCAGCAGGGAGUCUGCUUGUCCCUCUGCCCGUCUCCCACUCAUGCUUGCGUGCU